AUGCAGUCUACCAACGACCAAAAGAUCGAGCCACAGGCCAAAAAGGUUGACGCCGAUGGUGCGAGUCUGGCCUUCGCUGAGUGCGCCAAGCCAGGGGAAUCUGGCCAAGCCCAGGGCAUCCACUAUGAGGAAGCCAACCUGAAGCGGAAUCUGGCUCAGAGGCACCUGAUGAUGCUAGUAAUUGGUGGUGUUAUUGGGCCAGGCUACUUUGUUGGCAUGGGUACUGGUCUUUCAGCGGCUGGUCCAGCUGGCCUUUUACUCUGCUUUGCCAUCAUCGGCCUUCUCCUCUGGGGAGUGAUGCAGAGUCUUGGCGAAUUGGGCGCCUUUAUUCCAGUGUCAGGUUCAUUUGUUCAUUACACCGCACGAUUCAUCGACCCGGCCGCUGGCUUUGCAGUCGGUUGGAACUACUGCUUUCUCUGGGCCGGUAUCAUCAUGGCCGAGUACAAUAACCUGGGCUUAGUGCUAGGAUACUGGGACACGCCGGUCCCUAGAUGGGGUUGGAUCCUUAUGUUCUGGGCCGCUUUCAUGUUGUUUCAGUUCCUCGGCAUCAAGUCAUUCGGUGAGGCCGAAUUCUGGCUGGCGUUGAUCAAGGUCCUCGCCAUCGCUGCAUUCUUCCUCUGCGCUAUCCUAAUAACCACAGGUGUCAUCGGCGGCGAGAAGAUAGGCUUCAAAUUCUAUCAAGACCCUGGUGCGUUUGCCAAUGGCCCCAAAGGUGUGUUUGAGAUAUUCGUCUUCGCAGCUUUGCAAUACAGCGGCUCCGAGAUGGUUGGUCUCACGGCCGGAGAAUCAGCCAAUCCUUCCCGCGACGUUCCCAAGGCUGUGAAGAGCGUCAUCUGGCGCAUUGUCAUAAUCUUCUUGGGAGGCAUCUUCUUCUUGACACUUACUGUGCCCUUCAACCACCCUGAUUUGCUCAACCCCAAGAACAAGACGGCUAGCUCGCCAUUUGUGAUUGCAUUCACUCGGGUCGGAGCAUAUGCAGGCGCUCACACCAUCAAUGCAAUCAUCGUCGUUACCAUUCUGUCGGCGGUCAACAGUGCGUUGUAUGUCGGUUCUCGAACACUCGUUGGUUUGGCAAGUCAAGGACAAGCACCCAAGAUCUUGGCAUGGACCAACUCUCGUGGUGUUCCCGUCUACUCUGUUGUCAUUAUGAACUUGAUUGGUUUCCUUUCUCUACUCAAUCUCUCCGCCGGCGCCGGCAAGUUCUAUACCUGGGUGGUUACAAUGACCGGCGUCGCUACAUUCAUCACCUGGGCUUGCAUCUGCCUUUCUCAUGUUCGCUUGCGCCAGGCAUUGCACCAGCAGGGGGUUUCUGAGGACGUGCUUCCGUUCAAGGCCAAUCCGUGGGUUGCAUGGGUCACCUUUGGAGUCAACAUAUUCUUCAUCUUCUUCCAGGGCUGGACGGCCUUUGCCCCUUGGAACGUAGAGGCGUUCCUGCAGAAUUACAUCAUCGUGGCGACUCCAUGGGUCCAACCCAAGAUGGCUGAUCUGAUUAGCAACAGGAGGGAUCUGGAGCCCUUUCAACAGGCUACCCAGUAG